AUGCCAGUACCACCAAUGGGAAUGCCUGGAAUACCACCAAUGGGAAUGCCUCCAAUGGGAAUUCCGCCUAUGGGAAUGAUCAGUAAGUCUUUUUAUGCACCCACAUUUUUGAAAACUCUCUGGUCUGAACAUAAAGCGCCUGAUGGUAGAACCUACUACUACAAUAAUAUGACAAAACAAUCGAGUUGGGAGAAACCACUUGAACUCAAGUCAGAUGCAGAGAAAAUGUUAUCACAAUGUCCAUGGAAAGAAUACAAAUCAGAUAGUGGUAAAGUUUACUACCAUAAUGCACAAACUAAAGAAAGUAAAUGGACCAAACCUAAAGAAUUAGAGGAUCUAGAAAGUAUACCACCAGUAGCUCCUGUACUUGUUCCACCUGUUCUUCCAAAGUCAGCCCCCUCAUCAGCUAUAGAACAGGCCAUGCAAGCAACAUUGGCAUCAAUAGAAUUACCUCCAGCUGCAGGAACAGCUACAAAAAAUUCUGGGGCAGCUCCUGUUGCUGUGGAAGUUGAAGAUAGCAGUUCAUCCAGUGAAGAGGAACCACCACCAAAAAAAGAAGCACCACUCGUAUUUAAAACCAAAAAAGAAGCUAUUGAAGCUUUUAAAAGUUUAUUGAAAGAAAGGGAGGUACCAUCAACAGCACCAUGGGAACAAGCUAUGAAGUUAAUCAUCAAUGAUCAAAGAUAUGGUGCUCUCAAACAUUUAAAUGAGAAGAAACAAGCUUUCAAUGAAUACAAAACACAAAGAGCUAAGGAAGAAAAGGAAGAACAGAGAUUAAGAAUGAAGCAAGCUAAAGAAGAUCUUGAGAAAUUCUUAAUGAGUAAUGAAAAAAUGAAUUCAACUGUGAAAUAUUGGAAAGCUGACAAUAUGUUCGGAGAUCAAGAAGCAUGGAAGAUUGUUCAUGAUAGGGAUCGAAGAGAUCUAUUUGAUGAUGUUGUUCAUCUCUUGUCUAAAAGAGAGAAGGAAGAAGCUAAAGCCCUCAGAAAGCGUAACAUUAAAGUGUUCUCAGAAAUUUUAGAUAGUAUGCCUCAUUUAACCCAUUCUACCACUUGGUCAGAAUUACAACAGAUGUUGGUAGAUAAUCCUAGAUUUACUGAUGAUCCUGAUUUAGGCAGUAUGGAUAAAGAAGAUGCUCUGAUAUGUUUUGAAGAUCAUAUUAGAUUAUUAGAACAAGAGAAUGAUGAUGAAAAAGAAAGAGAAAGGAGACGAUUAAAAAGACAACAACGAAAAAAUAGAGAAAGUUUUCUGGUCCUGCUAGAUGAACUUCAUGACAAAGGUAAAUUAAAUUCAAUGUCAUUAUGGAUGGACCUGUACCCAGUUAUAUCUCAAGAUGUCCGAUUUACCAAUAUGCUGGGUCAGCCUGGUUCUACACCUUUGGAUCUUUUUAAAUUCUAUGUAGAGGAUUUGAAAGCAAGAUUCCAUGAUGAGAAAAAAAUAGUGAAAGAAAUUUUGAGAGAUAAAGGCUAUGUGGUAGAAGUUAAUACAGUAUUUGAUGAAUUUGGUUCUAUUAUUACCAAUGAUAAAAGAUCUGCUAAUUUAGAUUCUGGUAACAUCAAAUUAACGUAUAAUAGUUUAAUAGAAAAGGCAGAAGCCAGGGAGAAAGAAAGGUUAAAAGAAGAAGCUAGAAAGUUGAAGAAAUUAGAAAAUGCAUUUAAAUCAUUGUUAAAGAUGGCUGAGCCACCAGUAGAAUUAGAUACACCUUGGGACGUUGCCAGACAAAGAAUAGAAAGAGAGGAAGGCUUUAAUAUUAUCACAUUAGAGUCAGAACGUAUCAGACUAUUUAAAGAAUAUUUAUCAGCUUUAGAAGAAUCCUGUGGUCAUCAUCAUCCAAAGAAGAAGAAAUCCAAAAAACAUAAAAGCAGACGGUCAAGGUCCAGGUCUUCAGGAAGUGAAUCAGAUGAAUCAACCAGACACAAGUCUAGAAAGUCAAAGAAAAAACAUAGAUCUGAGUCCAGAUCACCUAGUCCUGGUUCACAGUCAGAUGAAAAAGAGAGAAGUAGUAAAAAACACAAGAAGAAAUCAAAAAAGAAAAGACAUGUGUCAAGAUCACAUAAUCAUAGUUCUGCCAGUGAAUUGAGUGAAGGAGAAUUAGAAAAUCAGAGAAGAAGAUUAUUACAGGAACUAGAAGAUAACAAUUAG